AUGAUUCGUUUUAUUUGUUACAAAAGAUUAUAUCAGAUAAAUUUUAUUCGUUUUAUAUGUUUACGUACUCAAUAUUUAAUUAUUAUGUUUAAAAAAUGUCAAAUACGAGGUUUUCGUGCUAUAAUAUUUUUUCUUAUAUUAAUAUUCUUGUUUUUGUAUACGGUUGAUAAUAAUCAAAAUCAAUCUAGUAAAGUUUUUUCUACUGAUAUUUUUUAUAUAAAUACAACUAUUUCCAUACCUAUUCAAAAAUUUAAACAUCAAUCUUAUCGUCUUGUACUUCUUUGGACUAGUCUAUUUACUGAUUAUUAUUGGCAUCAGGAAUCAUUGUUUAAUUUAUCUAGAAUUAUUUCUUGUUCACCGAUACAUCAAUGUCAAUUUACACGUGAUAAAAGUAAAUUAUCUCAAGCAUCCCUCGUUGCAUUGCAUCUAUAUGAUAUAAAUAGAAAUGAACUACCGCAAAGAAAACAAUUACAAACUGAUAAUCAAAAUUGGAUAUUUAUUACAGGUGAAAGUCCAAUUAAUUUUUAUUAUCAAAAUCCAUCAUUUUAUCCACAAAUAUUAGAUCAAUAUUUCGAUAGAGCAAUAUCAUAUAAACAUGAAUCACCAUUUACAAUAUUUACACCAAUAGUAAAAUCUCGAAUAUUAUCUAAUGAAAUAAAAUCAAAUUUAUCAUUAUCAUAUAGACAUGAAAUACAAUAUGAACAACAAUUGAAUAUUAAAAGUUUAAAAUUAAAAAAAAAACCUAUUGCAUGGAUUGUAUCUAAUUGUAUAACAUUUUCACAACGUGAAAAAUAUGUUGAAAAAUUAAAAAAUUUUAUUCAUAUUGAUAUUUAUGGUAAAUGUGGUAAAUUAUGUUCAAAAGAAAAUAAACAUCAAUGUGAUAUUAAUCUUCAUGAAUAUUAUUUUUAUUUAGCAUUUGAAAAUUCUCGUUGUAAUUCAUAUAUAACAGAAAAAUUUUGGAAUAUUAUUUCUGAUAAUACACAUCGUCUUGUACCAAUUGUUAUGGGUGCAAAUGAAAAUGAUUAUAAACGUAUAGCACCUAAACAAUCUUAUAUUCAUGUUAAUAAUUAUAAAACACCUGAAGAUCUUGCUAAAUAUCUUAAUUAUCUUAUUAAUAAUCCUGAAAAAUAUCUUGAAUAUCUUCAAUGGCGAGAAUAUACAAAAAUUGAAUUAAGAAUUCCUGAAACAUGGAUGAGUCUUUUAUGUCCUUUAUGUCAAAUGGCAUAUGAAACUCCAUUAUCGAUAUAUGAACGACUUAAUUUUUCAUCAUGGUACAAUCCAAAAAUUGAAUGUCAUCAUAGUGAUGUAAAAGUAUUUACACAAUGUAAACAAACAAAUUUAAAUGUUUGGAUGAGUUGGAUACAUAAUAUUAAAUGUCCAUAG